GCUCGCCUCCGCGUCGACCUCGCCUCAAAAAUUUUCAAGAUAAUGGACGCAUGGCUCCAAUUUCAACACACAUGUAAUAUUGCGGUUGGAUAUGCUAUUUGCUUAUUUGCUUAUUGGUUCGUGCAUCGAAGAGAUAGGAUUAGGAGAUUAAAUAUUGACCCUCAAGAACCUAAAGAAGUAAGAGAUGUUGUGCGAGAAAUAAUGUCUCAAAGAGUUAUAUGUCGUGAAAUGAUUCGAAUGAAUCCACCAGCUUUUAACCAAUUGUGCGAAAUAUUAGAGAUGAAUGGUGGGCUUAAACCAACUCGAAGGGCUACUAUUGAAGAACAAGUUGCAAAAUUUUUAUACAUGUUGGGACACAGUGUAACAACUCGUGAAGUAAGUAAGAUAUUUGGACGAUCUGGAGAGAGUGUGAGUCGUCAUUUUCAUAAUGUUCUAAGAGCUAUGAUAGAGUUGGAGGAAAUGUUUUUUGUACAACCCGAUGGAUCACAAGUUCCUUCGGAGAUACUCACCAAUUCAAAGUUCUAUCCCUAUUUCAAGGAUUGUGUUGGGGCAAUUGAUGGCACACAUAUUCGAGUAAAAGUUUCUCCUCGAGACGCCCCUAGAUAUCGUGGUAGGAAAGACUAUCCCACACAAAAUGUGUUGGCCGCAUGCACGUUUGACUUGAAAUUCACUUACGUUUUGCCUGGAUGGGAAGGAACUGCAUCUGAUUCCAGAAUUAUUAAAAAUGCUUUACAAAGGCGAUUUCCACUUAAGAUUCCUCAAGGAAAAUAUUAUCUGGUUGAUGCUGGAUUCAUGUUACGAAGUGGAUUACUUCCACCCUACAGAGGGGAACGUUAUCAUUUGAAAAAGUAUUCAAGAAAUCCACCAAAGAAUCCACGCGAGUUAUUUAAUCUAAGACAUGCAUCACUUCGGAAUGCCAUUGAAAGAUCAUUUGGUAUCUUGAAAAAAAGAUUUCCCAUUAUAGCAAGUUCAAAUGAACCAAACUACAGUGUUAAAACACAAAACAAGAUCAUUUUAGCUUGUUGUAUUUUGCAUAAUUUUUUAAGGGGAGUCGAUCCAGAUGAUGAAUUUCAGGAAGGGGAUGAGCAACAUAAUGAAAAUCAAUUUGAAGAAGAUGAUGUAGAUGAGGACGAAGAUGUUCGUAGAGGGGAGUGGAAAAGAGAUGGCAUCGCGGUUGCUAUGUGGCAAGAUUACCAUCGAUAAUUUAUUUUAGUUAUGCUUAUUGUUUGUUUGAUUUGUACUCUCUAUUUGGGUUAUCUUCUCAAUUUGUGUUGUACUUGAUAAGUGUUAGACUAAUAUCAUUUUAAUUCGGUA